GGCCGGGGCGGACCGCGGAGAAAAAGCGUCUUCUCGUUAGAAAUUAGGUAACAAAUUUACACCAAACGACACAAACCAACCCGCGGCUUUUUUCUAUUUUUUAAUCCUUUUUUUGUAGCGAGAAGACAGCGAAGCGAGCCCAGCCGACCGAAUCCGCCCCGGUGAGCGAGAGAGAGACAGGAAAAAAAAAAAAAACAAGACAAACGAACAAAUGUCAGCGGAUUCCUCCAUUGCAAUCCUUUCAAGCCUCACAUUUUAGGAAGAUAACACAUUCGGCUGCGAACAUUUAUUUCCGCUGCACCGAAAAAUGUUGGGAAAUAAACCACAGCCAGCCAUAUGACGCCCCUCUUUCUUUCCGUCGUCUGCCCUUUAAAUAGAGAGGUAUGCGACGUUUAGAUGAAAGCCACCGGUCUGUCAGGCAGCUCUGAGUUUUUCCUUAUAUAUUCCGCUGUGCAGAACAAUAAGCUCGUAACCUAAGUAGCCUCAUAAAGCACAGAGAGAACCGCAGCAGAUGAACAGACAAUCAUAAAGAAACUAGCCGGGUCACCCAUUUCCUCCACGGCUGGAAAUACGUCGGUUCUGAUAGACAAAAAAACGCGUCUCACAGGGGCUGAAAAGGUUGAUGUGCAGCUUGUGUUGGAAAGAGAAACGACCCCCGCAUCGGUUGGAUUAAAGAGUGCCUGUUUCUGCCUCAGACAUUAGGUUUCCAUGGAGGCAGGUUCGUCUCUAAGCCUCAAACGAAGAUAUGAAGAGGUGGACGGCGGCUCUCUGUUCUCGACACCUAAAGACUCUGACGAUGACAUCUCCAGCAGCGACAGCGCUGACAGCUGCGACAGCCUCAACCCUUCGUCCGGCACCACUUUCACACCCACCUCCAUCCUCAGACAGCACAAGCCGGCGCCGGGGGGGAAGCGGGUGCGUUUCGACGUGGUGACGGUGUACUACUUCCCCCGGAAGCAGGGCUUCACCAGCGUGCCCAGUCAGGGGGGCAGCUCCCUGGGCAUGGCCUGCCACCACUCCUCCAUCAGACACUACACGCUGGGCGAGUUCGCCCGCGAGCAGGAGAGCAGCCACCGGCACACGUUACACGAACACCUGCGCCAGGAGAAGCUCAACGCCCGCAGGAUGAAGCUAACAAGGAACGGCACAGUGGACUGCGCUCAGGCAGACCUACUCACUUUGGACGAUGUAUCAGACGAGGACCUGGACGUGGAUGCCGUGGAGGUGGAUGACUGUUUCUUCCUGCAGCCGCUGCCCACGAAGCGGCGCCGGGCCUUGCUGCGAGCCUCUGGCAUCACUCGGAUAGACGCACGUGAGAAAACCGAGCUCAGAGCCAUCCGCCUCUCCCGGGAGGAAUGUGGCUGCGACUGUCGUUUGUACUGCGACCCUCGCCACUGUGGCUGCAGCCAGGCUGGAAUUAAGUGCCAGGUGGAUCGAAUGUCCUUCCCRUGUGGCUGCUCCAGGGAUGGCUGCAGCAACGUCGCAGGCCGCAUUGAGUUCAACCCUUUACGCGUCAGAACCCAUUACCUGCACACCAUAAUGAAGCUGGACGUGGAGAAGAGGAGGAUGCAGAUCCACGGGCCGGGGGACCACUUUGCUGAGUCUGACCCGUCAUCCCCUUCCUCCACUUGCCCCACUUCCCCAACCCUUUCCUCAGGCAUCGGCCUGGACUCUGAGCUGGAGGAGAGCGAGGUGCAGUCGGUUGAAGAGGUCCAGGACCUCAUGGCAGAGCAGGACAUUCUGGAGCGAGAGAACGAGGCAGCUGUGCUGCACCUGCAGAGUGCGGAGGAGCAGGAGAGGAGGGAGAGGGAGGAGGCAGAGGGGGAAGCAGUGCAGCAGGAGCUGAAUGCUAGUGGGAUCACAGAGCCGCCUCUCUGCCUUCUCCCCACUGCUUUGGGAGGGGGCCUACCUGAGCAGGAAGAGGUGCCAGAUGUGAAUCAGAUCCUCCUGCAGGGCCCAUUCCCUACAGGAACCACAGUGCUGUGCAUCUCUGACAACCAGGAGGAGAGCCCCUCGGAGCUCCUCAAAGACUCCACGUCUCUGCUUUACUAUCAGCUCAGCCCUAUAGAACCUGGAGCCUUUGAGACGCUGCAGAGGGCAGAGGCACACGAACAAGACAAGCCCCCACAGAGCGCAGCAGGAACUGGGUUUGGAGAGAAGAAACCAGAAGCAGAGCAGCAGCUGAAGGAUGACAGGCGGGCAAACGGCGCCGGCAGACAGAAUGUGGGCGAAUGUUUGACCGGCGCCAUUGUGCACGCAGAGGAGUGUGCAGCUGUGGUGGAGGAGAGACCCCCCAGUCCUCAGCCAAACCUUCCCACAGAGCAAAGCCAAGAGACGUCCUGCUCCGAGAAACAAGUAGAUCCACGGCCUCCUGAGGUUUAGCGUCAGCUUCUCUGCAGAUGUUUUGCACAAUAGCUUCAUCUAAGAUGAAUAAAUGUCAAAUUCCAUGUUUAUUACAAGAGUGACUGCAGGUUGUAAUCUCCUACAGCGAGUCUCACUGUGUGAAUGAGUAUUAUAAUACACAGAAAGCUCAUGCACCCCCCCCCCCCCCCCACAGAAAGAAAAUGAAUGCUUUUAUUAAAAGGAAACACGGUGGGUAAUUCAGCUGAGGUGAUGAAUGCGGCCUUAAUGGGGAAAACAUAAUAACACUUUUAUGUAGGAGUCGAUUAGGAUUAACUUUAUUUCCACCACAAUAAAGAGAAACACAGCGAGUGAGUGCUGACCUAAGCCUUUUGUUUUGUUGAAGUAUAAGGCYAUCAGCACUGAACUGCCUGAGGCAGCGGCGGAUUCAAACAGCUUGUGUUGCAGUCACAACCAAAUGAAGGCCUCUGCUAGCAUCCCCUGCUAAAUACUGACUGAAUAAUCCUGGAAAUACUUGUUUUUAAUGUACUGUAUAUGCAUUUGCAUUGUGCAAGAGAGCUGCUUUUUUUUUUGACCUGUGUGCACAUUGUGAGGUUCAGGCAGUGAGUGUUGUGGCUCUGCUGCAGUGAGACAUGAAGGUAAAACCCAUCACAGCAGCAGGUUAGCACUAGCCUUAGCUGUUACACUAACUCACCACGGACUGCUCGCACACUUUAUCUAACACAGGAAGGCUCCUAGUUACAGUGCUGAUGACAAUAUUUCUUAUAUCAGUGUGUCUUUUGUGGGUUAGAUGUUUGUUUUAAAGUUAGGAUGCUUGCAGUCUGUUUUCUUAAUAAAAAAAGUUUCUUUCAUUCUGCUACUUCAGAGAGCAGGAAGUGGUGUCACGUCAGGACGAACUGCCAGAAUAGAGCUUCCUCAUUGUUUUUUAAAAAUAAAUUGUGUAAAGAAGAGCUGAUUCAGAAUCAAGCCAAAUUAUGACGAAUAACAAAAUAUUGAGCGCAUCAAAAAGAAAAACCUACUAAACAACGCGCUGUUAGCUAUUAAUAGAUGCGAUUUUCAACAACCUGGUUUUGUGUGUGUGUUGAUUGUGUUUGUGUAUACACUUGUGUCUAUGUCAGAAAGAAAGUUCUGUUUGAGUCAGUGUGCAUGCAUGUGUGUGUGUGUGCCGUGUGUUAGACUGUAUUAGCAAAGAUACACACUUUACACCUGAGAGGUGCUCCUGUCACAAAUGUUACAGUUAAAAAAAGUUUAUUUAUCAGAAACCAGGAAUAGUUACCUGAAAAUGUUUCUCGCUAAUCUAAAUAAUAAAAAUUGUGUGUGUGUGUGUGUGUGUGUGUGYGCGCCUCUCCACACAUCAGUGAUAGAAUGAGCCGUUUUGUGAUGGAGUCUGUCAUACAUUUUCUGGUCUUUAAAUGUGUCUUUUCUAAGCCGUGUUCGAUGAAUACUGAUGUGUGUAAGCGAGCCGACAAUUCUUACACAAAAUCAAUCCUUUGUUCAGUCGCCUGAAAUUCCUGCCGCUGCUUUUAGUAACGGCUCGCCUGACACAGGAUGUGCUGCUGUGUAGAAGUUGUCAGAUGUAUUUGUUUAACCUUUUUAUUUCUGUUUAAAAUUGUCUGAGUAUAAUCCAGUUUAAGAGCUACAACAAAGCAGUGGUUUCAAACCUAAUUAUAAACGAUGCUGUCAUCCAUCAGAGUGUAACAAAGCCGCCUCCUGUACUUAUUGUGAGGCUGCAGAUUUAUUGUGGCUCCUUGUGUUUGUGUGACUUGCCUUGUGAUAUAACACCAUCUCUGGAGUGACRGUGAUUACAGGCUGCGUGUUGUUCAGCUUUAUGUCCUUGGCUUUUCUACUAAUAGAUUUUAGGUUUGGGACCACUGCUCCAAAAUGAACUCUAGUACUUUUUUUGUGAUGGUGUGUGUGUGUGUUUGUGUUUUUUUUUUCUGUGCGAAAGGAUUGUGUGAUUGUCGAGAGGACUGAAACGUUUCAUCUGAAAAAGCUGUGAGAACUGCUCUCAUGCUAACUGUUGCCUAAAAUGGACAAAAAAGGGUUUUAUACAAAAAUAAAAACAAUAAAAAUACUCAUUGCAAAUACA